AUGCCACACACCAACGUCGUCGUUGUUGGCGCCGGCGUCAUUGGACUAUCAACAGCUUUGGUGCUAUCCAAGCACGAGCACCUCGAGAUUACUGUCGUGAGCAAGCACAUGCCUGGUGACUACGACAUCGAGUAUGCAUCCCCCUGGGCCGGCGCAAACUUCAUGCCUGUCGGCAAGGAAGGCAGCAAGCUACGGGCAUUCGAGAGAGCAUCGUGGCCAGAGGUAGAUCGCUUGUGUCGAGAGGUCCCGGAAGCCGGCAUCCAAUACCAGGAAUGUAGAGUAUACGGCAGGAAGAAAGACAAAGGCACCGCUGUUGGCCUUUGGUUUCAGGAGCUGAUGAAGGAGGACCCAUGGUUCAAGGAUCUCAUGCCUGAGCUUCGCGUCUUGGACAAGUCAGAACUCCCCGCGUCCUGCGAUACCGGCACAUCUUUCAAGUCCGUCUGCAUAAACACCGCCAUCUACCUACCCUGGCUCCUCGGCCAAUGCAUCAAGAACAAUGUGAAGAUCAAGCGCGGCGUCCUCAACCAUAUUUCCGAAGCGCCUUCAUACCACAGUUCCGGCAGUGCCUCGAUAAUCAUUAAUUGCACUGGUCUCCUAAGCUCCAAGCUUGGCGGUGUCAUGGACACGACCGUGUACCCUGGCCGAGGACAGAUUGUGGUGGUGAGAAAUGAGCCAGGCGCUAUGUAUACCACGUCGGGCACCGACGAUGGCCCGGACGAGGCCAUGUAUAUUAUGCAGCGAGCAGUUGGCGGCGGUACGGUCAUAGGCGGCUGCUUACAGCACGGAAGCUGGGAGAGCCAACCUGAUCCGAACCUGGCACAAAGGAUCCUUCAACGAGCAGUUAAUAUGUGUCCAAGCCUCGCUCCCAAGACUGGAGAAGUGACAGAGUUGAGUGUUAUCAGGCAUGGUGUGGGGCUAAGGCCAAUGAGGGAGGACGGAAUCAGGGUGGAGAAGGAGAGAAUUGGAGAAGAGUGGGUUGUGCACAACUAUGGACAUGCGGGGUAUGGAUAUCAGAGUGCAUGGGGGAGUGCAUGGGAGGCAGAGAGGCUGGUGCUAGAAAUUUUGGAUAAGGACGGCGUGAGGGCGAAGUUAUGA